AUCCUCCAUCUGCAUAGUUGUUUCUUUUUUAAAUUCAAAUAGCGUUCUGAGUUUCCGAUAACUCGUCUACAUCCUCCGGCGUCCGAAGUGAUUUUUUAUUGAAUCUGUUCGAAUUUGUAGCGAUGGAUACCGGUGGGAAAGUUAAAAAGGGAGCUGGAGGAAGGAAAGGAGGCGGUCCGAAGAAGAAGCCAGUGUCAAGAUCAGUGAAAGCCGGACUUCAGUUCCCCGUUGGAAGGAUCGGGCGAUACUUGAAGAAGGGAAGGUAUGCACAGAGAGUCGGCACUGGAGCGCCAGUUUACAUGGCCGCUGUGCUUGAGUACUUAGCUGCUGAGGUUCUCGAGUUGGCUGGGAAUGCAGCAAGGGACAACAAGAAGAACAGGAUCAUUCCACGACAUGUAUUACUUGCCAUUAGAAAUGAUGAGGAACUUGGAAAGCUGCUUGCUGGGGUCACCAUUGCUAGUGGGGGUGUGCUUCCUAACAUCAACCCUGUUCUGUUGCCCAAGAAGUCCGAGAAGCCCACUAAGGAACCCACAUCUCCUGCUAAAGCAGGAAAAUCUCCAAAGAAAGCCUAAUUGCUGUGGAUAUAGUUUGUUUAUUAGGGUAUUGUAUGUGAUUUUGGGUUUUUAGGAGCUUGUUUUGGUUAGUGGGCAGGGAUUAGUAAGGGAAAUGAAAACACUGGAAAUCCCUAUGUCAGGUAAUUUUAAUGGUUAAAAUGAAAGUGAAACAGCUUGUUUCUGCAUAUUCCAACCUUGGCUCAUGUCACACAACUUACACUUUCAAAUGUUUUUGUUUGUCUUUGAGCAGGUUUUACAAAGUGUUGAAUGUAUAAUGAAAAAGUAUGUGAAUU